CAGCUUCUUUUCUGAUUCGUUUAGCAGCAGCAACAGAAGAACCUGAGGUGAUUCCAGAUCCAGCUAAACAGACAGAUCGAGUGGUGAAAAUAGCAGGAAUAAGUGCUGGAAUUCUGGUAUUCAUCCUGCUUCUCCUUGUUGUCAUAUUGAUCGUCAAAAAAAGCAAACUUGCAAAGAAGCGCAAGGAUGCCAUGGGGACCACCCGCCAGGAGAUGACACACAUGGUGAAUGCGAUGGAUAGGAGUUAUGCUGACCAGAGCACUCUGCAUGCAGAGGAUCCCCUUUCAAUCACAUUCAUGGACUCUCAUAACUUCAGCCCCAGAUUGCCCAAUGAUCCACUUGUGCCGACAGCUGUGUUAGUGCCUAUUACUGAUGAAAAUCACAGUGCGACAGCAGAGUCCAGCCGUCUCCUGGACGUCCCUCGUUACCUCUGCGAAGGCACAGAAUCCCCGUACCAGACUGGGCAGCUCCACCCUGCUAUCAGGGUGGCUGAUCUGCUGCAGCAUAUUAACCUAAUGAAGACCUCUGACAGCUAUGGAUUUAAAGAGGAGUAUGAGAGUUUCUUUGAGGGGCAGUCAGCUUCUUGGGAUGUCGCUAAGAAGGAUCAAAACAGAACAAAGAACCGCUAUGGAAACAUUAUAGCAUAUGACCACUCCAGGGUGAUUUUGCAACCUGUUGAAGAUGAUCCAUCUUCAGAUUACAUUAAUGCCAACUACAUAGAUAUUUGGCUGUACAGGGAUGGAUAUCAGAGACCAAGUCACUACAUUGCAACCCAAGGUCCAGUUCAUGAGACUGUGUAUGACUUUUGGAGAAUGAUAUGGCAGGAGCAAUCAGCUUGCGUUGUGAUGGUCACAAAUUUAGUGGAAGUUGGGAGAGUCAAGUGUUACAAGUACUGGCCUGACGACACAGAAGUUUAUGGGGACUUCAAAGUGACUUGUGUAGAGAUGGAGCCCCUUGCGGAGUACGUCGUCAGAACCUUCACUCUGGGAAGGAGGGGCUACAAUGAAAUCCGUGAAGUUAAACAGUUUCAUUUCACUGGCUGGCCAGAUCAUGGAGUUCCUUACAAUGCCACAGGCCUGCUUUCCUUUAUACGGAGAGUCAAAAUAUCCAACCCUCCUAGUGCAGGGCCUAUUGUUGUCCAUUGCAGUGCUGGUGCUGGACGGACAGGUUGUUAUAUUGUGAUUGAUAUCAUGUUAGAUAUGGCAGAAAGAGAAGGUGUUGUGGAUAUCUACAACUGUGUCAAAGCCUUACGGUCCCGUCGCAUCAACAUGGUACAGACAGAGGAGCAGUACAUCUUUAUUCAUGAUGCCAUUCUAGAAGCUUGCCUGUGUGGAGAAACUGCCAUUCCUGUCUGCGAAUUCAAAGCUGCUUAUUUUGAUAUGAUUAGAAUAGACUCUCAGACAAACUCUUCACAUCUCAAAGAUGAGUUUCAGACCCUGAAUUCUGUUACCCCUCGCCUGCAGGCGGAGGACUGCAGCAUAGCCUGCUUGCCAAGGAACCACGACAAGAACCGCUUCAUGGAUAUGCUGCCACCUGACAGAUGUCUGCCUUUCUUAAUUACUAUUGAUGGGGAGAGUAGCAACUACAUCAAUGCUGCUCUUAUGGACAGCUACAGGCAGCCAGCAGCUUUUAUUGUCACACAACAUCCUUUACCAAACACUGUGAAAGAUUUCUGGAGAUUAGUGUAUGACUACGGCUGUACUUCUCUUGUGAUGUUAAAUGAAGUCGACUUAGCACAGGGCUGCCCGCAAUACUGGCCUGAGGAAGGGAUACUGCGCUACGGUCCCAUCCAAGUGGAAUGCAUGUCGUGUUCAAUGGACUGCGAUGUCAUAAACCGAAUUUUCAGGAUAUGCAAUCUAACAAGACCACAAGAGGGCUAUCUGAUGGUGCAGCAAUUCCAGUAUUUGGGAUGGGCUUCUCACAGAGAUGUACCAGCUUCCAAGAGAUCCUUCUUGAAGUUAAUUCUUCAGGUUGAAAAAUGGCAAGAGGAAUGUGAAGAAGGGGAGGGCCGGACCAUCAUCCAUUGCCUAAAUGGCGGUGGCCGUAGCGGGAUGUUCUGUGCCAUCGGCAUUGUGGUUGAAAUGGUAAAAAGGCAGAACGUGGUGGACGUUUUCCACGCUGUGAAGACUUUGCGGAACAGUAAGCCCAACAUGGUAGAAACUCCGGAGCAGUAUCGUUUCUGCUACGAUGUUGCGCUGGAGUACCUGGAAUCCUCUUAGUCUGAAUGGAUGUGACAAAGUUCACCAAAUACAUGAAUCUCAAUAAGCUGUUUUGACAACAGUUCUUGAUCCUGUGAAGAAAGAUUUUAAGGGAAGAGGGGGGUGGGAGGGAUUUUAAAUUUUAAAUGCAAAGUAUUUUUCUUAUGAAGUUGUGUAUCUUAAUAAAAGAACUCAAUCUGUUUCUAUGCUUGUAUACAGUAUCAACAUUUAGUGCCACAUCAAUACCAUUUAAUGAAAAACAGAGUCAGAAGAGAUUUGCGCAAAUUAGGACUUUUCAGUGUUUGUAUAUGCAGCUGUCUCUCAAUUACAGUAGAGCAACCAUCUGUUGCAUGUAUCAAUAUUUCCUAUGUGGUAUUAAUUUUUUCUUUUUUUUUUCUUUUGAUACAUUGGUAAAGUACAAUAACAGUGCAAAUUGAUAGUAAGGUUCAUUCUUUAUAAGUUUC